UAAUCAUUUGUUACGUUGAACUUUCUUGAUUUUAUGAAAAAUCAAAAGUUAAAUUUUAUCAACUUUCUUUGUUUGAAGUUUCGCGACGUUGCCACUCUUCUGUGUGAAAACUGUGAAUUAUACUAAAAGGGACCCAAGUUAUUUAUAUUUUAUAGAGUCAAAGAUUCUGUAAUUAUUUGCUAAAAUAACAAAUCUGAGCUAAAAGUUAUGAUUCAGUGUCUUGAAAUGUGUUUUUUUGAACAAUAUUCUUUAUCUGACGCAAUAGUAACGGUUUGGCAACAGCGCACGGAAUCCGUUUGAAAUCAACUUUCCUGAUGUAUUAGAAAACUCUUCAAAUCUUUUGUGGAUUCACCUUAAAUUAAUAUAUGAGGUACUAGGGCCUCCGCGCCCGGUCGCUCAGACCGUCGGGUCGACGAGCCGUGGGGGAAUCGGCGCGGGCAACACACAACGGACACACCGCUUGCUCCAGCGCAAGCUUAGGUGCCGAUUCACCCUCCGUUCGCAAGCCCGAUCAUGUUGAGAGCGGGCGCGAGGCACCCGGAUGCUGGCGCGUCCACCUCGCGCGGCCCCGACUACCACUCGCUGUACACCACGCUCAACGAGUACCUGCAGCUCGAGACCAAGUUCCAGCCGCGGCUGUGUCUGCCGGCUGAGUCUGAUAACGGUGAAGUGACAAUAGGUGCUCGUGAUGGUGCUGCUCACGUUCUCCGCUGCCUCAAGGUGUGGUUCGACCUGCCCACCGAUGUGCUCAUCAGCGCUAUCAACUUGUUUGAUAGGUUCCUGACGAAGAUGAAGGUGCGUCCGUGCCACGUGCCGUGCAUCACCGUGUCCUGCAUGAACAUCGCCAUCGACGAGUACGCCGAACUCAACAAGCAGCCCCGGAAUGUCUCCAUUGAGGAGCUCGUGUCGGUGUCGCAAUCAGCGUGCACGGCGGGCGACGUCGCUCGCAUGUCGCGCGUCAUCAGUGACAAGCUGUCGCUCGCCGGCCGCGGCUCCGUCACCGCGCUGCACUGGGCGCGGCUGCUGCGCGCGCUCGUCGUCGGCGCGGCCGAGCAGCUGGCGUUGCCGCUGUCGCUGCCCGAACCCCAGCUGCUGCAGCUGCUAGAGAUCGCCGCGUGCGAUGCUGCCUGCGUCAGCGCUAGGACGUCGGAACUAGCGUUGGUGCUGGUGUGCCAUCAGCUUGAGAUCCAGCUGGUGGAAUGGAGCCGCGUGGCUGCGGAGGGCGGGCCGCCGGUGCCCGAGGAGGCCUACUGCAUCUAUGAGUUCGCCGCACACCUCCAGGCGCACUGCAAUAUGACAGACGCGUCGCUGACGGCGACUCGUGCGCGCGUGCGUCGUGCGGUUGCGCGGUACGAGGCGCACGGCGCGGCGCCGCAGCGGCAGCGGCUAGUGUGGCGGCUGUCUGAGCGGACCCUCAAGGUGCUACGUCCGACCGAUCGGCUCACCUCCCUCCUGCCCACCAUCGAGGAGCAACACUUCGCUGUCGACGCCACGCCCACUAGAAACAGAUCCGGUAGCGAGAGCAGUGAGAGCGAAGAGACCUCGGACUGGCCGCGCAGCCCCGUGCUGCCCGUGUACUGUGACAACUGACAGCGGCGCAAGUGCUCACCGUCGUAACGGACACGCACCACUCACGCUGCCGCGGGACGAGAGAGAAGGAGAUACACCCGAGACGGCGAUAUUUUAUUUUUAAAUUUACAUUUUACACGACGGACGAAGGAACUGCCCGCGGCGCCGUGAGCCGGUACACCCUUGUUAUCGUCAUCACGUCAUAUUUUAGCACAAUUGUCGUAGAGAAUUUGUACUAUUGCAUCGAUUUUUUUAUAAACUGUUAGCUCAAUUUUAUAUCUAGUGAUCCCACUUUUGAAAAUUCAAAAUUCCGUGAUCCGAUAGUGAAUCUAGCACCUGUGGUGCAAAAAUGCAAUACUGUUGAUGUAGAUCUUGUCACAUUUGGGCCAGAGUUUGAGGCAUGCGUCGAUUCCGGGUGCCAGUGUACGCGAAUGCCGAAAAUGUCCAAUUGAAAAAAAACUUAGACGCCUCCGGAAGGGCAUUUAAAAACAUGGGAAUUCUGUACACUACACCCGGGGUCUUGUUCGAAAUUCGUAUUUAAGGCGUAGUAUUAUUUUUAGUUUAUAAAAGAAGCGACGGCGGCGUCCUCCGUUCAGCCGACUUAUCAGAUGAGAGCUUUAAUGGUUUAUUAGGUAACAGUGGACGGCGGGGCGGCCGCCGCCGGCGCGUCGUAGCUUUCGUACUGUGAUUUUAUAAAGGAAAAUAAAGAAAAAAAAUUCCAUAUUUUAUAGUUAAGCUAAUAUUUCUUUAAGGAACGUUUGGGUCGCGGCGUAAAAGCUGUUAGGGAUAGUUUUUAUACUGCGACCGUGUGUGUUGAAUGUGUGAGAAAUAAUGUCCACCGAAAUUACAUCCGAUAUGAUUAAGUAGUAUUAUACGUUAAUAUAUUUCUGACUAACUCGAUAGGGGUUUAAAAAUUCAAAAUUAUUAUUAUAAAUAUUUUUUUCGUUUAUGAUUCUUGCGUUCUUUCGUAUCGUAUAAUUAAAUUUAUUAAUUAGCUAUACCUUAAUAUAUAAAUGAAUAAAAAAAAUUAUAUAAAUAUCGAGAAAAAAAGAAAAAAAAAUGGAUCUCAAAUAUUUCAUUGUAUGCAGAUGUAAGGGAAAAAAAGAAAAAAAAUUGAUAAAAACACUUUAAUGUUAGUGUGUGUUUUGCAUUUUUUAAGCUUUUAAAAUUAGCUUUUCUUAUUUUACGAACGUGCUAACUUUACUGCCUGAAUCGCAAUCGGUUUAACGACUGCAAGAUCGGUUCGUUCUUUCAACCCCAAUAUUUUAAAGCCCCUAUGAGGGUUGAAAUUAGGGGUUGAAUACGGAAUAAUCGGAGGUCCCGGUCUAGUCCCGAACGAUGAUAUCUAGUGCGAGUGCAUAGUGACACCUUGUGUGUUCAUUCGGGUUCAUGUGAGAAACGUACUCUUAAGAUCUAAUCUGUGUUCGGCAACGCAAUUGUCACCUAAGAUACCUCAUGCCAUAUUUUUUUAAACAGUUGGGCUAUGAUCGGUUAUGUCUGUAUGUUGGUGCCGGAAUUGGCAGCUUAAAGUAGCAUGCAUUUAGUUUUAACGAGGUGUCUGUUGGCGGGUUGCGUUCCGAAUGCUAAUGUUUCUAGAAUCCACACAUUAUCUUUGUAUAAAAGCUUUUGAAAAUCGAACAUGCGCCGUUCCGAAUUAGAUUUUUUUUAAUUCGUACUCGGUGACGGCGGUAAAAUCUUAAGUAUUUAUUUUCAUCUAAUGUAGUCUACGAAAAAUAUACCGAAGGAAUAAUUUAUUUAAAAAUACCGAAAAAAAUAUCUCUAGUUUUUCUCUGUAUCUAUAUUUAAAACGAUGGACGAUUUAGCAACUUUCGUAUGUUCUGUAUGGUGCAAUAUAAGCUUAGUGUUUGAUUUAAAAUUUGUAUUGUCAAAUAAUGAGAUGUGUAUGCCUAAUAUUUAUGUAAUAUGUUUAUUGUAGUUUGGACAUUCAAAAAUACGUUUAUUGUAAUUGUUUUGUAUGUAUAUUGACUAUUGUUUAGUGAAGUAAGUUACUAUUUGUGAGUACAGCGUCACCGAGUGGCUAAUGACCUUCGGCGAUCUUCCCGAAGGAUAUUAGGAACGAGGUUUGUCUGUACAGCUGUGUAUCUCGUUGUUUGGCGUUGUGUAAUGUGUUGUUGAAAUCGUCCACCGUGUAGAGGGUGCGUUACGCAUGUGCUGUAAGGUGAUGAAAAUCUCGAAUUAGAGAGUAAAUACAAAGGUUGCAAUCUUA